AUGGGAUCUAUCGGCUCUGAAGCAAGUGUAUCUUUGGAAGAUUCUUGGCAGCAGGCUAAAGAUCGCUUUUUUCAAAAGACAAAUCUGAAACUGGAUAGCGAUGGGGAAGUUAGCCCCUUAUCCCCGGAGGAUUUUCAAGAGAGAAUAAUCGAGCUUCGAUCCAAUAGGAAAACAGCUGAAAAGACGGAAAAGUCCAAGGGACAGAGCAGAAACAUUAUAACUGCGUUGCAAAAGUUAGGUGGAAUUGCGGCUGGGGGUGCUGCAUUGAGUUUCCCACCAGCCACCGUGUGUUUCGGUGCUUUGUCCUUUCUCCUAGAGAUUCCAAAAACUGUCCAUCAGUUCCACGUAGCUAUCGAUGCUGUGUUUGACCAAGUGGAUGUGACAUUCGCUGAGAUUGCCAUAUGGAAUCGGGCAGAUAAAGAAGAGCUUUUGGAUUUUGCUCUACGGAGAUACACGCACCAGGGUUCCCAGAUGCGAGGAGACUUGAGGAGCAUUCAGAAGACGACGGGCAAGACUGGGAAAGCAGUGAGGGAUUUAUUGGAAUCAAACCAAACCCGAGAUGUAGAAAAAACCCGCCAUGGCGACCUGAAAACAAUUCGAGAGAGGCUCGGAAUUGACAGCCAUUCACAAGCGUCAUCGGAUAAUGUCCAUAGGGACGGAUUGAACAAGGCGAGUCCCAGGAGUACUUGGUUUCAGCAGCUCAAGGAAUACACCGAUUGGAUUGAACAGAGUGCGCCUAAUUUCAACCCCAUGCUACUAUUAGCAGGAGACCAAGGAUCGGGCAAGACCCAUGUGGCGACUUCAGUCUUCCUGUCUUUGAAGGAUGCAAAACCAAUUUCUACUCAUCAGGAUGAGCAGACAUUGAUCGCUUACCAUUCAUUCCCGUCGCCUACGAACAAGGCUGAUGAUGACAAGAGGCCGUUGGAGACUGCGUUCAAAUGCAUGGCCUGCCAGCUAGCCGGUCAGCAUUUGAAAUACCGGAAAACCCUGCUUGGGCUUUGUGAAAAGAACAUAUUUGAUAGUAAGACCUGCAAAGAUCUCUGGUCAGACUUUCAAUUUGAAAAACCCCGAGCCAAAGCAACAUUUCUGCUCUUUGAUGGAGUGGAUAAUUUGGCAGAGCAAGACAUACGAGAACUGUUCAAAACGUGCAAGACUGUUCGAAACGGUCACCUUCGUCUACUCAUGACUGGGACAAAACAAUGCUUUCUACGUGAAUCGGUACCUUUGAUUCAAAUUGAAAACCAUACCCAGCAGGAGCUAAAGGGGUACAUCGAGAGAUGCUUAAAGGAAGCCGAUCUGCUCCAGGAUGAUCGGCAAUACUUUGUCGAUUUGAGAAGAAAAAUAUGCGACAGACUGUUCGAGCAAUCCAGCUGUAGUUUUCUCAGCGCCCAGAAGCUCUUUCUGACAGCUAAAGAAUUCAUUCAGACUGACGAAAAGGACAAACUAGACCAAUUUCUCGACUACACAUCAAAAGAUUCGUCGGCUCUGGCUCAUGCGCAGCGGCAGCAGCUGCAGGAAGGCUUAAACGACAAACAUAUUGAUGAGUUGAACGUACUUUUGGUUUGGAUAGAAUAUGGUCGGGAGUGGCUUGACACUCAACAACUGGAAGCUGCCCUGUCUUUGCAACCCAACUCGGGAUUACUGGAGCCACUUCACAAGAAGAUCCAGGGGAAAUAUAGAAGACUCUUGGAGAUAACAGAUGAUGGUAAGGUUUGUCUGAUAGAUGGUGUCAAGGAAUGGGUGGUGACACCUCGAAACACUCCGAGACCAUCCGAGAAUGACCCCAAGGUCACCGCUACCAUCUCCAUCACAAAUGCAGAUGUCAGAGUAGUUCAGCAAUUCUUCUGGGAUCUGACUGAACAUUCCAUGUCAACAAACUUUGACUUCAAGCACGUGCCCGAUGCUCAAAACAUCCGCCGGAAGCGGAUUCAAGUUAACGAAAUCGAUUCCCACCUUUUGAUUGUGAAACAGACGUUUGGUUUUAUGAAUAAAAAACCAGAUCCUAUAUCACAGCCAAUUGGUGCAUAUCUUUUCCAAUGGUUUCAUGAUCAUCUUUCGGUUCUAUUGACUGCGACAGGACAUGACUCGAUUGGAGAAUCAGACAAAGUGAGCAUUGGUGAAGGCCUGUACGAUAUAUUCUAUUGCCCGGAGUUUAUUCGAAAGCAUUGGGAUGGUAUAAAGGUGACCACCUGGUUUCGCAACCGUGAUGCAAUUGAGGUGUUUUGGAAGUGGCUUCUGAACGAAUCAGCAACAAGCCGCCUGGGGAAACGCGACAAACAAUGGAUUCAAGAUACAAAAAAUCGAAAAGGCCGAGAUCGGCAUCUAUUCCGCCGGUUAGCAGAGCUCAUCGCUUCCAUUUGGCUGCAAAGUCAGAAGUCACACCCCAACUACGCAUUCGAAUGGAUUAGUGAAUAUCUAAUACUUGAACCCGAAGAUAAUGUGAGGGCUUCCAGUGGUGACGAUAAUUCCCCUGAAAGCAUGGUAAUCGACGAGAGCGCCACCCUCAUAGGCAAAAUCCAAUCAGCUGAUGCCUGGUGUGAAAGGGUCCUGCGUGACAAGAACCAAAGCAAAGACCAGCGUCUAUGGAUUCAGCGAAUGGCAGAGACCUGUCAGUUCCUAGGUCUUCGCAGGGAUGCCAUUAAAUACUAUACACGGAUAGAUAUAUUAAUCCGCCUGGGGAAUCUACAUGGCAUGGAAAAAGACUCCGAGCUAGAGCUGCAAUACAAACGGAAAGCCUUUUAUACAGACAACAGCAACAUCAAUGCCCGCUACGCCCUCUUCCAGACCUACCGCAUGCAACAGAAGACCGAAGAGGCUCGCAGUCUCCUCGAAGAAGCUUCUCGAAAUUCCAUAAAUGAGAAGUCAACGCAAUUGAAACCAUUGAUUCAAAAGGCCGCUGAAGAUAAAGAACAGUCUUUUCAUACCUUGUAUAGAAUGACUGCGCUAUGUGCAUCUGAAUCACGAAUUUUGGAUAUUCUGUUGCAAGAUAUAGAUACAGCGAUAGCAGAGGCUCGUACGGCUCGAAUUUACCAGACCCUGUCACCGUUAUUAUUACACAAGGGAAUCGCAACUCAUUACUACAGCAAGAAUGAACAAGACGAAAAUAGCUCGGCUUUUAAUAUCUGGAUGGAGUGCGUGUCGGAGAUCCAACAGAACAUACAAGUGAACGAAGACAAAACAUUCCAUCUAGAAAGGGUCAACCGCCAGUUGAGUUUAUACCAUUUUGAGCAAGCCGAGGCUGGAGAAGAGGGACAUAUCGAAAUUAUGGAGCAGAUUGCUCAAGGCUGUACUGGACUGUCUCCGGCUACGAUAUAUCUAGCGGCCUAUUUCCACCGCCAUGGUCAACCUGAUAGGGCCCGCAAUAUCCUUCAGCCUCACAUGGGCCUAGCAUUUGAUCUCCUUUCCGGCGACACUACGACAAAUGACCCGUUAGCCUACACAAUUCUCCUAGACUGUCUGAUACGUUGUGAUGAUUUUGAGGGCAGCCAAAUUGCCCACUCAAUGGUUUCUGCCGUCCGAAUGGAUAGAAAAACGUUAUUAGUUUGGUUAAAGUAUGAACUUGAACAACCGGUCGAUGGAAUCGAAGAGAUCCUGAGUACAUUGGACUCAGACUGCUUUAUGCUGUCGCAGUGGGAUGGAAUCGACUGCUUGAUCAAAAAAGCCGAGUCCCUCGACACCACCUGGGAACAGGAAAGUAGUGAUAGUGGUACUGGAAGCCCCUAUCUUCGUAUCCAAGCCCUUCUGAAGGAGUACAAAGACGCCAUGCUGGGUCGCUUGUAG